GAAAAGGGCGCUGCCGGAAUCGGAGAUAGAAGAGCCCGGAUGAUGCAGGAGGAUGGGGGAGCCGCACAGGAGGAGGAGAAGGAGAGCGGCUCCCGCGGAGCAGCCCUGCCCGGCCCAGUCGCGGGUUCCCCGGGAGACGGCGGGGAAAGGCCUCGAGGCCCCUGGGCUGCAGGUCGGAUGAGCCCAGGGAGACCCAGGCAAAGGCGGCUGCCCGGAGGCCGAUGCAAGGAGAAGGACACGAGCGAAGACCCCGAAACGGGCCUGGAAGGCGGAGGGUCCGUUAGAAGACCCGGGAGGCCCCGAAGGACCCAGGAGGAAGGAAAGAGAUUUCAGUGCCCGGAAUGCGAAAAAUCUUUCACAACAAAUGGAAAUCUUAAAGUGCAUCUAAACAUCCACUCAAGAGAUCAAUCAUUUAAAUGCCUGGAGUGUGGAAAAAGCUUCAAUUAUAGGAGCAACCUUUCUACACAUCAAAUAAUCCACACUGGAGAAAAGCCUCAUAAAUGCCUGGAGUGUGGAAAGAGCUUCUCUCUGAAGCAUCACCUUUAUAAGCAUCAAAAGACCCACUCAGGAGAGAAACCUUAUAAGUGCUUGGACUGCGGAAAGAGUUUCA